CUAUUAUUUGUGUGUAUAUAAAAGAAAUUUGUUCUGUUCGUUAAUAAUACAAUUGGUGAAUCCACUUCGAGAGUGUUCAUUUAUAAAACUUCUUUAACAUGAAAGGUGCUAUUGUUCUUGCUUUAUUUGCCAUUUUGGCUACCGCUUGCUGUUAUACAGACAGGGAAAUCAGAAUUAAACUUAACGAACUUUGUGAGAAGCACGGUGAUGGCUACCUGGUACCCGAUGUUGCUGAUUGUACUAAAUUCUACGAAUGCGUUGGAAAUGAUGGAACACAUUUUCAACUCAGUUGUCCCUCAGGUUUGGUUUACAACAGUAACACUUAUGCGUGUGACUACCCUGAAAACACCCAAUGUUCUACAAUCUUAGAAGAUCUUCAAUAAUUUGUGCUGCUUUUUGUACACAUAAUAUUGUAUCUGUGACGAAUUAUGAGAUGUAUAUAAUAAAUAUGAACUGAAAAAGCAAGUAA